CAUAUUCCAUUUGAUUUAGAGACACAAUCUCACUGAGUUGCUUAGGGCCUCACUAUUGCUGAGGCUGGCUUUGAACUCGCUAUUCUCCUGCCUCAACCUCCCGAGCUGCUGAGAUUACAGGCGUGUGCCACUGCACCUGGACAGCCCCCAGAAGUUUUUAAAUAUAUAAAACAAAAGAUGCGUUUGAUCAUCAACACACACACACACACACUCACACACACACAUACACACAAAAGAUGAUGGGUUACAAAAGAAACCAAUUACAUUUAUAUUCAGGUGUCAAUAUGACACAACACAUUUUGAUUUUGUCCUAAAUCUGAUUCUUUAAUAAACCAUUCGAUUACAAACUCUAGGGGCAGACAGAAGAAUGCCCUAAUCUCCAGGUGACCAUGAUUCUAAACAAUCCUUAGAGACUUUUGCAGUAACUGUACAUGAUGGGAGGUUGCCUGUCACCUGUGUUGGUGACAUAGCCACAGAUAUUACCAAUUCCAGUACAGGUGGACUGUAGCCCAGCUCCUAGCUGGAGGAAAGGUUGACUUGCAGUUAGAGGUGGGAGAAAGCUGGGAUCUCGUCCAUGCAAGUGCUGGGGGCAGGGAAGUGGCUGUGGCUGUGUGUUGGGGUGGGGAGGUUUUCUGGUUAUUUAGGCUUAGGAAGAGGAGACCUUUACUAGGGGUCAAGGACUGAAUGUGUAUGGACCAGGGUGUAUGGAUGGGGAUUCUAGCCAGAGGCUAUUCCUGCCUGGAGAGGCCCCAGGAUCCACCAACACAACCCUUACAGCCUCCUUUAGGUUUCGGAAAUCUGGAAAAAUAUCCCUUGGUUGGACUCCCCUCCCCCAAGCCCAUCACUCAGUUCUCCCUUUCCUACACUCAUGCCCCAGGUGACCCAGCCUGCUCCCUUCUCUAGAGCACUCACCAUCCAUAUAUCAGUCCAUUAGCCAAGACACUGACUCUGACUCUGUUGUGGUAAUGAGGGACCGACCUGGCUGACAUGGUCUGACCCGAGUGACCUGCUGUGACUAGUAAUGCGACUGCCUUCUUAGACACUACUAGGCAAGUCCAGCGCCCAGGCAUAAAAAGGCCAGGCUUGAGAGACCUCCAGCAGCUGCGGAUCCCGGGGACCUAGUAGCCAACACCAUGGCCAGCCACAGCCUCGCCUGCUGCCUGCUGGGCCUCCUGGCUCUGACCUCUGCCUGCUACAUCCAGAACUGCCCGCUGGGCGGCAAGAGGGCCACGCUGGAGCUGGACGUGCGCAAAUGCCUCCCCUGCGGCCCCGGUGGCAAAGGGCGCUGCUUCGGGCCCAGCAUCUGCUGCGGGGACGAGCUGGGCUGCUUCGUGGGCACAGCCGAGGCGCUGCGCUGCCAGGAGGAGAACUACCUGCCGUCGCCCUGCCAGUCGGGCCAGAAGCCCUGCGGGAGCGGGGGCCGGUGCGCGGCCGCGGGCUUCUGCUGCAGCUCAGAUGGCUGCCGCACCGACCCCGCUUGCGACCCCGAGACCAACUUUUCUGAAUGAUGACUUCGGGUGGUACUUCGAACAUAUCCCACCGCACCCCUCCCUUCCCAAAGGCACCCCCAAAGUAAUGAGAAUCAAACAAAACCACCGCGGUGGCACUCGCCUGUAUACCUAGUGACUGGUGUCUAGGCAGGAAGAUCCCAAGUUCGAUGCCGUGGAGCCCCUGUCUUAAAGUGAAAAAUGAUUGGGGCUGAGGAUGUAGCUCAGUGGUAGAGCAGCCCUGUGUUCAAUCCCCUCUACUGCAAAAAUAAAUAAAAUGAAAUGAA